CUAAUAUUACCGUACCCGGCAACAUGGAACAGGAUAAUCCAAAAAACCUCCCACGCGAUCCCAACCGCAAACCACCCAACGGUUUCAGCAACAUAUUCUCAGAGCAGGGGUCAUACGAGUGGCUCCGCAGCACAUCGUGGCAUUACGGUCGAGUUGAAGAGGGGGGGGGGAGGUGUUUAGCAGAAACCCGACUCCACCUCGACAUCUACCGCAUAAUCUCCUUUUGCAACCCAGAACUCACCAGUUUUGCCAAAUCGCACCACGCCGGGAAGCUUGUCGGCAACAACUACAGCCUUAUCAACGGAUGGGGAUUAAAAAAAGGACACCAACUUUCGAUAUACAACCAGAUAAUAUAAACCAAUACACUCAUAGUUACAAACCAUUACAUCUUCGACCUGGAAAGAACAGCCUAUAUUCAGGUACAAACCAGCAAGCUAUAUUCACCACCACCCUCUCCCAACACAGCACCCGAGCCCGUGAGAUUGGCGCAGUGUUUCGAGGAGUGGAAAUCAGAACCAAAGCGAUCAUUACCGAAAUCCACGAACUUACACGUACAAUCCUAGCCCGUAUCUCGAGUACCACAUAAUCUCCGAUUCAUCAGAGAGGUCCCCAACGCCAAAGAGCAGACUAUAACCCGGUGUUCAACAGUAUACCUAUACAGCAGGCAUGGACUUAACAACCUUCGGCCGGCCAGAGGUCCUUCUAUAUCACUCCCUCAGCGUCAUCACGGAAAGGCUUUGCACAUGGGAAUGGGACCUCGUUGGUUUGACUGAGAAACAUACAACAAACUACUGGGGUGAUCAGGCUCGGCUCAACGAUCAGGAAGUAGCACGAUACAGACAGCUCAGCAAAGACACUCUGUCAUGGAUUGGGUGGGAUCUGUGGGCAAAGUGUGACAGACAGUGCAAGUUUGAUGAGAUCUGUGCAAUCCCGACCCGGCCGGUUGUCUGUGCUCCGGGUUUGCCACAGGGCGGAAUUUACUCUGCCCAUCCGCCAAAGCUUUCAGAAGACGAGAUGCUCGACUUCUGGAGCCCAAAAUGUAUCAAUUGAGCAGACUUUGAUCGCGGGGACGGACGUGGAAGGGACCCAAUCCAUCAGUUUCCUGAUGUCCCGCCGUACUAGGUCUGAGGCACGUGCUGGUUAUUGUUUGGGCUAUAACACAUGUAACAGCAGCGUGGAAAUAUUGCCAACAUACGUCACAGACUACUCAAAAC